AUGUCAAAAGAGUUCACGACUUGCUCUAAACAGGAUCUGCAUUACUUACCCUCGGACCAACCCGUGUUCAGCUGUAAAGGAUGUUCAUGUGUUAUUGCUUUACAGGAUGAAUUGUGUUCGAAAGGGUUCACAGGUGGAUCAGGCAAAGCUUUUCUGAUCAAUUCUACCAUCAACACGAAUUUAGGUAAGAAGGAAGAACGUAAAUUGAUUACCGGUACACAUACAUGUGCCGACCUCCUCUGCGCAUCAUGUGGUGCGUCAUUGGGAUGGAAAUACCUCAAGACACCUACGGCAGAACAGAAAUACAAAGAGAAUAGGUUUAUAUUGGAACAGGCCAAGAUAGUGAAAGAGAACAAUUGGUAG